UGUGAUCCUAUAUGGGUAAUGAUCCUCUGCUUUCCGCUGCAGACCUAGUUCUCUGGACUUCUCUUCUUUAGAUGCAAAGACCAGCUCCACCUCCACAUGGUUGUGCGAUUCUUAACGUACACCUUUCUUCAUGGUCUCCCGAGAUCCCACUCCUAUUGUUGCCAUUUAUUAAAAGUAAUUCACUUUGGCUUCUCUUCUAAUGAAUAACCGCCUUCACCGUACAUUUAUAUACGUUGCUUAUCGUGACGUUGCUGCAUUUGGGAAAUAAAAGCCAGAACGAUUCUCGGUCUUUGCUAAUCCGUAAACUCUCAAUUAUGAAGAUUCCAUGUUGGACUUUGGUUGUUUCGCUUCUUUUCUGCCUUGUCGCAUCUGGGGCUCUUUCAAUUGACAGUUUCCACCAGGCGUUUCCUAUUGUUGAACCUGAUCCUGGUCAUACGAAGCUUCGUCUUGCAACCGAUGGCUUGGAAGCCAUCAGACGAAUAACAACACCAAUUGCAGCUGUUGCUGUGAUUGGUCCAUACCGCUCCGGAAAAUCAUUUCUGCUCAAUCAGCUUCUUUCCCUUUCUUGUUAUGAAGGUUUUGGAGUUGGACAUAUGCGUGACACAAAGACUAAAGGGAUUUGGGUUUGGGGAACUCCAUUAGAAUUGGAUAUCAACGGAGUUAAAACUGCUGUCUUUUAUCUUGAUACGGAGGGAUUUGAAAGUGUUGGGAAGUCAAAUGUUUAUGAUGACAGGAUUUUUGCUCUGGCAACUGUUUUGAGUUCUGUGCUCAUCUACAAUCUGCCCGAGACGAUAAGAGAAGCUGACAUAUCCCGCCUUUCAUUUGCUGUCGAGCUCGCUGAAGAAUUUUAUGGAAGAGUCAAGGGCCAAGAUGUUGCUUUUGAACCUGCAAAACUACUGUGGCUUAUUCAGCGUGAUUUUUUGCAAGGGAAAUCAGUGGAAGAAAUGGUGAAUGAAGCCCUUCAACGUGUCCCUAACAAUGAUGGCAAUAAAAAUAUUGAUCAGGUUAAUCAGAUUCGAGAAUCACUAGCUAUGAUGGGCAAUAACAGCACAGCUUUUAGCUUGCCGCAGCCUCAUCUCCAGCGAACAAAGCUUUGCGACAUGAAGGAUGGUGAAUUAGAUCCCUUGUAUGUUAAAAAGAGGGAGCAACUGAAGGAACUUGUUGCCAGCAUUAUUCGCCCAAAGCUUGUGCAGGGCAAACUACUAAAUGGACAAGAGUUUGUGGCCUUCCUGGAGCAGAUACUUGAUGCCUUGAAUAAAGGGGAGAUUCCAUCAACAGGCUCUCUUGUGGAGGUUUUCAAUAAGGGUAUUCUUGAGCGGUGUGUAAAGCUUUACAGUGAAUCAAUGGCAAAAUUAAGUUUACCUCUUCCAGAGCUAUCUCUGCUAGAUAACCAUGAAAGGUCUAGAAAGAGAGCAAUGAAAACUUUUGAUGAACAGCAUUUUGGUCGUACCCAUGCAAAGAAAUCUCUUAUGCAACUCGAGGAGGAAAUAGAGAAGGCUUAUAAGAAUGUCGUUCUGGUGAAUGAAUAUCGUUCAGCAAAACUCUGUGAGGCAUUGUAUACUAGAUGUGAAGACAAAAUGGACCAGCUUCAAGUUCUUAGACUUCCUUCCAUGGCAAAGUUCAAUGCUGGCUUUCUGCAAUGCAACCAAAGUUUCGAACAGGAGUGUGUUGGACCUUCAAAAGCAAACUAUGAGCAACGCAUGGUGAAGCUUGCAGAUGCUAGGGAAGUCAAGAUCUCUAUUUAUAAAAGAGUACAACCAGAGGCUCUUCAACUGGCUGGUGGCCUUCUCCCUUGUCAUGGUGGUAGUGGGCCGCUUUAUUAUAAAGUUCUUUUUGAUAGAAAUGGCUGCAUGGGUUCUUUUUAUCUUCUUGGAGACGUACACGAGAAUGUUUUGGUCUUCAGAAUCUCUCUAUUACAAUCCUGUCUGGCAUGUUAUUGUAGCAACUUGGGAAACAAUUGUUUAUAGCCCUAUCCUUGAUUUGGACAGAUGGGCGAUUCCAAUUGUCUUUGUAGCAGCAAUUUUGAUAAUUUAUUGGCGUUGUUAUGGCAAAAGGAAACAUGGAUCACGGUGGCUGUUACCACUAUAUAGCAAUCAUAAAGGUGUUUCUAACAGACCAAGAUCUGACUGAAAGAGCCUUAAACAUUCGGCAUUCUUUGGUUCAACUAUUCUUGGUGAGCUUUCCAUUUUUUUUCAUAUAUGAAGCCCGCCGUUCUAUUUUGCUUCCUCCAUAGAUAUAUUUAGUCCAACAUGGGAGAAGAGGUGAAGGGAUGAGAUUAUUUGCCUGGCAACGGAUAAAUCAUUUGUAACAGUAGCAUUUCUCGAUUGUUUAUAGAAACUUAAUCUGUCGAUUACCUAAAAUUUCUGUCAUUUCACAGGUUUAGAUGUUCUAUUAAAGAUGUUAAUAACUAUAGUUUUAUAAAUCACGGUUAUUCAUUCGGACUCUGCCCAUAAAACUAGCAUUUCAAUUGUAUUACAGCCAUUAAAAUAAUGGCUGCUCUUCAAAAGAAGAAAUAGCUUCUUUUAUUUGUAUUUCAUUCUUUUCA